AUUUUAGCUAGAGUCACUGAGAGAAGGAAAUGGAAAAUCUAUACAUAGAAAAAGAGUAAUGUAAAGCGUGAAAGGAUAAAGACAAAAAACCGUUCGUACAUCAGAAGGAGACAGGUAGCAAUCCGCCAUUGGAGAGGGUUCUUAACGGAUUCUGAAUCACCCAAAUCCUCUCACUCAAUGCGUUCUGCAUGUUCGUAAGAGCUGGAGGAGGAAAGAAGGAAGGAAGGAAGGAGCACACAGAUAUGGCAGAGUGUGGGGAAGAAACAUUGGUUUAUAUGCCGGACAGAACUGUUGCAACAGCUCCUCUUUCAGCUUCCCUAACCUCCAGCUUGAAACGACCUCGUUCCAGAGAGGAUUCCUCCGAAUUGUGUAAAUCCGAUUGUUAUCCUACGGAAAUCUUAAAGCAUAGACAAGAGGAAAACGGAAUCAGUAAUUCCUUCGAGUUUGAAAUACCACUGCAAAAUGGAGAAAUUCAGAAUUCAGAUGUACCAAAAAGAACUCCUGGAAGAGCAAAGAGAACCAAAUGUGUAUACGUACUGGGAAAUGCAUGUAACUCCAUGAAUUCAUCUGCGGAUCUAAGAUCAUUGGAUAUCCCGUUGUUCCCAUCUACAGUGGAUGAAGAUUCUUUGAAUGUCGCAAUGCCGGUUUCUUCGAAAUCGAUCGAAUAUGGUGCUGCUUCUUCUUCUGAUUCUCAUUUAGAGGAUUCAGAGGCUGAUGGAGUGUCCAAGCCUUCAGGUGUUUCCAAGCAAAAACCAUCGAAGCGAAAACCUCAUACAUUCGAACAAUCUUCGAUUCAGACAACAACUCGGAACGGAGACGAAACAGUUAACAAAAAAAAGGUCGAAUCGCUGGAUUACAAUGGUUCACAGGAAGCGACGCUUGUGGAUGUCCAGUUAACCGUCGAAGCAAAUAACCGAGCAGAGGAUGUCCCAUUCGUCUCUCUGAAAAGUAAAUUAACAGGUAAAACAAUACUGGGAUACCCUCUAGAAAUUGGAGUAUUGCACGAUCAUGUCGCGGACAUGACUCCGAGAAAUGAAAACAUUCGACGCAACAACGAAGGAGGAAGUAGUGGAUACCAUCGACGACUUGUUUGGAGAACUUCUAGAAGAACCCCUGUGUGCUAUGUUACUAACUCACUGUUUUUUAAGAAUCCACAGGGCGGGAAAAGAAUAGGAAGUGUCGAAGACUCGGUUUCUAAAUUUAGAAAGAUCGGAGGUGGUGGUUCGGAGGGAACUUGUGUCCCCGUCGAACUUGUGUUCAGAAAAGUGCUGGCGGCCAUAGGUAAGGUAAGAUCUUGAAACUUAUGAAUGUUUAAAUCUCAUUUUUGGAUAAAAGCUAGGAAAGCAUGAGUUUUAAGGGUUGCACAAAAUUAUGGUAUAGUUUUACGUGAAUUGCUUGUGUUUUCUGCCCUUGCU